CCAUUGUUGUCGUUGCGUGUUUUUUUUUUACGUUCGCAGAAUACCCUCUAAACAAAUACAAAGGUCAGGACAAGUGGAAGCUGAUGACAGGGUCCUCCAUCUCUACUCUGGAGAACAUGAUGGACUUAUCAAUACUCGCAACGCUUGCCUUGAAGCGGACGAAAAAGACAGAGAGCCAGGAACAUCUGAACACGAUGAAAAGCAGGUUCCUUGCGCAGUGUGCGCAGCUCAAAGUUCCAGUGAACAAACAAAAAGGUUUUGAGCGUCCAUAUCAUCGACACCAGGAAGAGUCAAAGAAGUCUGUGGUUGGAAAGCAGACUCUAAGUAGCCUGGAGGAAGACUUGAAGGCUGUGGUCAGCGCUCUGGAGAGGACAGAAGAGCAGACAGUCUCUUUAGAGCACACAUGCAGCAUGCUGAGAGACCAGGUGGAGGAGGAGGAGGAGAAAGCAAAAGAGAUUUUACAGAUAACUGAACAAACAGUUCUCAACCUCCCACGUUUUCCCGUGCAGAAAGAGGAAAAAGCAGUAGAGGCUCGGAGGAGAAAAAUGAUCCCAGAGGGCGAGCCUGAGACCACUGAACAGUAACUUUGAGAAAAUCCUUCAGAAAUCAACCGCCAUCCAGGAUGCCGAGGUUCUGCAGCUACAGACACACAAACAAGCUGAUCAGUUGAUCAGGCUGUUGAAAUAUUGCUAUACCUGGUUUGGACUGGAGCCUUGCCAAAUCACUCCUCAUACAGAUUU